AACAUAAUCAUUAUUUUCAGAUUUUCAGUUUUGAAAAAUGUAGUAAUGUCUACAUUCAAAUCAGGUAUUUUAAAUUUUUUCUUGGUUAACACAUAAUUAAGCUACUUUCAUGUAAGGUUGCUGUUGAUGUUUGGCCUAAUUCACCCGAAGUUAUCGUGAGUUAAGUUACUUCGCGCGAUAACGCGGGCAAAAAUUAAGUUGCCCCUAUCAAAUUAAGUCUGCAAGAUUAUUCGAUUUUUCAAAAUUAUUUUAACUUACCUGACUCAUCCUCCUCAAGCAAAUGGCAAUAUAUUCAACUUUAAGUGAUGCUAUGAGCUCCAAAGCAUACGAUUUGGUGCCAAAUUCUUAUACCGCCAAAAGUUUAAUCAGUUCUGGCAGUGCCAAUUCAAACUACAAACGAUGUAAAAGCAGGAAAAAGUCGUUCUAUAUCUCUAAUAAUCAUAUCCACUUGCGUUCCCACACUGAAGGAAAAACCGAAAAUAAGUUCUUAUCUUCUUUUCAACUCGCUGCGAAAUUGUAUAAAUCUAAUUCUGAUGAAUUCAAAACGGAGAAGAAAAUGAGUAAGAAGAGCAACAAAAAGUCUGUGUUGACUCUUCCUAAUGAGCCAGCUGUACUACCUCAGUCUUGCACUGUAAGCGAUAUGAAUGAUAGCGAAUAUUUCAAACGUAUUCACAAACCUAAGGCACAAAAGACGAAAAAACGCCAACCUUGGAAGAAAAAUCCCGUGCCACCAGAUUACAACUGUGAAUAUUAUGACAGAGACGCUGACUACUGCUCCCAAAUGAACCUAUACCUAGAUUGUAGUUCUGUAGAUGUUGUUAAGAACUUUAAAGGCGACUGCCGGAGAAAAGCAAGAGAUUCUUAUAAUUCUGAAACUGAAGCCAACGCACCGUCUGCAUCUGAUGUUUGGUCUGUGUUGAGGAAUAUCAACAGAUUUCAAUUUUAUCCAUCUCCACCUAUGUCUGAAGACAGUAGUAACGAGAUAAAGCCGAGAAAAAAGGAAGUCAAGAAGAAACUUAAUAGAAGCGUAUAUGAGACGUGUCGAACUGAGCAGAUUUAUUUUCAGACUGAGCUUAAUAUUCCUAGAGAUGCCAGUCUUUCAGAGUCUUCUCAGAUAACCGUGAUCGACAAAAAUGAUGAACUCAAUAAAUUUUGCAAAAAAGUGGAAAUUACAUCUUUUAAACAGAAUGUACCACUGGUUACCCCAAAGAUUAAAAAGCAAGAUUCGCCAAAGACUAAUAACAGAAAAUGUAGAAGUUCCAACCUUAAAUCUAGAACAAAGAAAAAUUCCGCUAGCAAAGAUACGCUCGUUGACCAAAACGUCCAAAACCCUAAACUAUCUGAAAUAUCGAUGAAGCCUUUUCAGACAUUAAAUAGAGGCGAUGGUAGCUUUGAAGAAUCACAGACAAAACAUAUUUGUACGGCAGUUGAAGUGCAAACCAGGACGGAAAGUGAUAACAAAGAAGAUGACAAACCCCAAAUAAAUCCCAACGCUUGUGUACACAAUGCUGUUAGCAACACCGGGACUAUGAGCGACAAAGAAGAUGAUAAACCCCAAAUAAAUCCCAACGCUUGUGUACACAAUGCUGUUAGCAACACCGGGACUAUGAGCGGUGAUAUACCGAAACAAAUUAUGAAUAGUCGUCUGGACAUGAGAGCGCCUCUCCGACGUCCUUUACGAAGUCGGGUACCCUGGACUAGCACUCAACCGCGUCCCAAUAUUCCACCGGGAAGCCCCUUAACAAAUUAUUCUUCUAAACCUAAUAUAAAUAUACUCCGUCCACCAGUCAGUCAGGCCACAGCAGAUGCAGCAGGCAGUCAGCCACUCAGGUUUUACAAACUACAAGACAGCCCUAGAGUCCCUUACCAGGCCACAGCAGAACCAAUGCACCCGUUAACUCGAACCGCCAUACGCAGAAUUGUAGCCAAAAUCAAAUUCCCAUUAGUUAUUUUGGAAAAAGAUCAAGUCAGUGGCACAUUUGAAGUAGAACAUCACGAUAACCAAUUCAGAGGAUUAGAUGAGCAUGUGUGGCCUUUCAUGGUCGAUUGGAUGGAGAAACCUAAAUCACUGGAAUUUGAAACGGCGGCGCAAUCUAAAGAGCAUACUUUCAAGGAUAAAGGGCCAGGGAUUUCAACAAACUUUGAUUGUACAGUUCGGAACAAAAAGAAACAGAUGGAUUCAACCCUCAGUAACGUUGAAUCUAAACAGAAUAGUGUCGCCAAAUCAAAACCAGCAUCCCGAUUCCGAGAUAACAUAUUGAAGCUUUUGUAUAAGAAGACUUCUAAUCAAAAGAUGGGUAAUAUCUUACCUACACUUGUCGAGCGGGACGCGAAUGUGGACCAGUUGCCCAUCAGAAGCACUAACGUCACCAGCAGGAGCUCCAUAUCAAAAUCUCUAGCAAGGAGUCCACCUCGAGAGGGCGGUUCACCUCGAGCGAGAAGUCCGCUUCAAGCGAGGAGUCCACUUCGAGCGAGGAUUUCAUCUCGAGCAAGGAGUCCACCUCAAGCAAGGGGUCCACCUCGAGCAAGGAAUCCACCUUGGCAGAGAACUUUACCUCAAACGAGAAUUCCAACUCGAGUGAGGAGUCCGCUGAGAAGAGAAAAAUCAAAUUGUUUAACUUCACACUCGCCGCCGACAUCACCGUCCAAAAUUUUAAUACCCCUGAAAAAACGUGAACCUCAAAGAAUUUGGGGUAAAGCCAAAUGGGCGAGUGAUUUCAUUGAUAAUGUUAUUAAUAAGAUUAAAUGUGGCAUCUAUUAUACUAGCGAACCGCAAACGAAGAAUUUAAAUUUGAAAACACCUCAGAAUCGCACAAGCGAUACCAGUGACUUAAACAAUGAUGCAAAGGAAGUGUCCAUUCAGGUGACCAUGCCCAUAAUUACAGAAGAUUUCACACCAAAAGUCACUAUACAAAAGAAAAGGGAACUUACUGUAAUAUUGCCUGGUUUUGAUGAUGCUAUGCCGCCACUGGAAAUAAAAUCGAUGACUCGGAACUUAAUCGCAGUAAAGCAUUGCAUUAUGAAUGUUUUGCUACAAUUUGACGUAAACGUACCCUCAGAAGUGGACCAAAGUCGUCUCACCAUCAAGCGUUCUACUUCUUGCAUACCUCUAUCUGCACCAGACAGCAGGACCAAAGUAUUUAAAUGCAAAACUAGAAUCCCUAAUGCUGCAUUGCCUGCUGAACUUUGCAGCAUUAUACCGAGGGUGAUGACGCAAUUUUUGGAGAAACUCACGCCACCGAUCCUACCAUUACAAGAACCAACGAGCAAUGCAUCUCUAAGCACCAUAUCUGAACACGCCUCAUCUGAUAUCCAGGGUCCAAGCAUAUUUUCAUUGCUGCCUGAAAUAGGAAUGUCUCCAGAGCUGAUGAGAUUAAGGAACGGGAGAUUCUCGAAAAAUCCAAAGUCUUGGGCAGGAAUGUCAAAUGAAUUUCCAUAUCAGUAUCGUAACAUAGUAGAAAUAUUGUCACAGCAAACACUAUACCGACAAGACAUUGUAGUAAAUCCGAGUCGCGAGUUAGCACUGAAUUCAACCAAAACUCAAUGUAAUUCGUCCAAUGUUCCAAGUGUAAAUUCUGCAUCUAAACAUAAUUUAUGCACAGAUUUAGUUCCUUAUACAGGUAAUAAACUAUCAUAUGGUGGAUGUAUAGUACAAAAUACACCACUGAUAGCGUUAAAAGAACUCUUCAAUAAAAUGUUACAAGUCAAUACAAAUUCUCUCUCGCAGUAUUUACCUACCAUCAAGAUGCAAACCUGUAAUAAUCAUGUAUACGUGAACUUGACUAUUGGCAACCAUCAGAGUGCUUAUUUGUGCAUCGAUACUAUACAUUUUAAAUAUAAACCGCUAAGCAUUGUUACUACGACAAUGUCAUCCACCGCUAUUGUGAAAUAUGCACAUUCUGAGAAACAAAUAGAAUACAUAAAAUUUGCGGAGAUAAAAGAAUCCAACAGAACAGAAACAAGAAAACCAGUGCUGAAUGCAUCAAUUACUAAAAUUAGAAAGAAAGGUCACGUGAGAUACGUACAACUUUAUAAGAAAUGCAAAUCCACUUCGCACAUAGUAGCGGAACGAAGGAGCACACCUUUGAGUAAAGUGACUAAUUUAGACGAAUUCUUUCAAUCAAUGGGCGCGGGGAAACUGCUAUCCAAUGUUGUUGAUGGCAGUUGUGGGAAGAAAAUUCUGGCGUUCGUUUCAGACUUGAAAACUUACAUUUCCGGAAUAACACCGAGGCAAGCUUUAUUAGUCAUGUUACUGGCAAACAAGAAAGAUACGUCCAAUUUAAUAAGAUUCCGGCCCAUAAUCCUGCAGGGAAUAGCGGUCCAUAGGAUCACACGCGCUAGCGAGUUGGAUAUGGAAGUCGAGGUCAUUGAAAAGGAGAAGUUCAAUAGGAUACCAGAGUAUCUGGACGUGCCUCCCUUAUUAGAAAGUAAGGAAAAGAACGAUAAUCUUUUGGAAGAAUUGAUUUGGAUAUCGAAAACUACUGCAUCGGAUUAUCAGAGACGGUUCGACGGAUCCUCUGUAAAACUGCUAAAGACCCUAUUAGGGAAGAGAAAGAGGUUGAACCCGUCUUACUUGCGAGUGUUGGCGCGCUACGUGGGCCUCGGGCUUCUGAAAACUCCAGUGAAUCACUAGUUUCUGAACCUGUGCAGUUUGGAAUUGGCUUUGCUUUUGAAAUUGUUUGUGAACGUCUGUAUCGUCAUGUAAAUUAUAUUGUGGAAUGAUCUAUAUAUUUAUCAUAAAUUAUUAGGUUCGGAA